GUUUUUUUCGCGGUCGUUUAACAAAUAAAUGUAUUAGCACAGUUAGUAGCUGCUAUUUGUUGUCGCGUUAAUAAAUUGGGCAAAGUGCAUAAAAGUAGUUGGCAUUAACGGUAAUUAAAUGCCGCUGCAAUAUUAAUAAAAGUGAAGAAAACCAGUUAAGACGGUCGGGUGAAAUUGUGCAAGUGUGUGAGUGUGAGUGAGUUUGUGCAGUGGAAAAAGCAGUAAGAGCAACAGCAAGAAGAACAACAAAAAUAAGAGCUGAUCUCGUAUGUCCGCUUUUCCUUGCUUAUUGCGGUGCCCAAAGUGCAGCCUGGGGAGCAACAACAACAACAACAGCAGCAGCAGCAAGAGGAGCAGCUAAAACAGCAACAACAAAUACAACGACAGAUCGGAAUCGAAGUAAGCGCACUAUAUCCGCACUAUAUACUACAACUUCAAAGUUUGUUACAAUGCCGCUGUUUGCGCGUAAGCCCAAGAGCUCGGAUCACAGCAAUAUAAGCCACAAUUCCAACUCCAGCGCCAGUCCCGUGCUGAACAACAACAACUCCAGCCAUAACCACAAUGAGAAGCCGCCGCUAAUCUUUCACUGCCAGCUGGCGCAUGGCAGUCCCACAGGCCUGAUCACAGGCUUUGCCAGCGUGCGUGAGCUUUACAAGAAGAUUGCCGAAUGCUUUGACAUGUCCGAGGAGGAUAUUCUGUUCUGCACGCUGAACUCACACAAAGUGGACAUGACGCGUCUGCUGGGCGGCCAGAUUGGGUUGGAUGACUUUAUCUUUGCGCAUCGCAAGGGACGCGCCAAGGAGAUUGAGAUUAUCAAAUCACAGGAUGCACUGGGCUUGACCAUAACAGACAAUGGCGCUGGCUAUGCUUUUAUUAAACGCAUCAAGGAGGAUUCCAUUAUUGAUCGUAUUGAGCAUAUCGGCGUCGGCGAUCACAUAGAGAAGCUGAACGGCAUUAAUAUGGUGGGCAAGCGGCAUUAUGAGGUGGCGCGCAUGCUCAAGGAUAUUGCCACUGGGGAUACGUUUACGCUGCGUCUGGUCGAACCAGUGCGCGGUGGUUUCCAGGGCAUUGGGCCGCGCAGUCAAUCGCGUGCCUCCAGCUCGGCCACAGCUGGACGCAACUUUGGCAGCGGCAAGGAGACGCUGCGCUUCAAGGCCAAUGGCAAUGCGCAGAUUGAGCCCAAGUUCGAUGAGGCCACCGUCGCUGGUGUGGAGGCUAUAAAUAACUUGCUCGAGUCCUUUAUGGGCAUCAAUGAUACGGAGCUCGCGUCACAGAUUUGGGAGCUGGGCGACAGUAAGUCGAAUUCCAUGGAUUUCGCUGAGGCCAUUGAUAACUCGGAUCUGGAGUCGUUUGGCUUCACCGAUGACUUCAUCAUUGAGCUUUGGGGUGCUAUAACGGAUGCGCGUCGCAAGUUGAAAUAGCUGCAGCUUCGCUUCAAUACCCUACACAUUUGGGCAUUUCGACACGCUUAACAUUACAAUUGCAUAAUAAAUUUAACGAAAAACAUAAUUUUUUAUUUUU